GAGGAGGAGGAGGAGGAGGAGGAGGAGGCUGAACUGAGGUGGAGGGGAUGCGCAGAGGGAGCGAGCUCCGUAGAGGGUGGUGACGAUGAUGGCGGUGGAUGCGGGCUUCGUGCACAAGACGUGGGACAAGUGGGCUUCCACUUAUGUUGGGUCUGGUGCUGGGCAACCGUUGAAGGCAGCUUUGCUACUCAAUCAUGACCCAACGGGGCCCUCCCGGUUGCUGUCUACCAUUGCCAAACAAGAAGGAAUAAAGGCAGAUCCCAUUCAAUUCAGGCAAUUUCUUGAUUUUCUCAAAUGUGGAAAGCUCCAGACCGAGACUUUCUUUAUUGGGCCAAACCAAUACCUUGUCACGUCGAUCCAUGAGAACUGGUUCUGCGCAAGAUGCAUGAACACAUCAAAUUCUGCUGGUGAAGGUGCUAUUGUCAUGCAAACAACAGCUUUCAUCUUGGUGGCACUGUAUGAUGGUUCAAUUGGAGCGGCAUCGAGUGCUGUAAUGGCUGCUGAUCAGUUUGCAUGGCAGUUAAAUCGAAAAAAUCUUUGACCUUGCAGCGAAGUUGAAAUUGUAUGGUUCAUCAGCAGACUCUUCCUGUACCAGUCUGAGCCAAAUACUUGCAGCUGGAGAUCAUGAUAAUCCAGUGAAUCCAUUGAGCAAAUCUGUCAUUGAUGGCAAGGAGAUCAUCUGUCUUGCUAGCCUUCAACUUUGUCACUGCUGGGCUCAGAAUGUUCAAACAAGACGAGCUCCAGUAGGUUUGAUGGUUGUUGCGAGAAUUUUCAAGCGACUAGUAUUUACGAGCAUUGGACUUUGGUUAGGAUGAAUUGGGUGAAGGACUCUCUGAGUUAAAAAUCCUGUGUGAGAUCGUUGGUCUGCUAUUUCUUACAAAACUGAGGUCAUCUUAUUGCGGCGAAUUGCUUUGUUCUUUUGCCCCCUUAUUUGCUGAAUUUAAACUCUACUUGAUGGAUUCAUCUUCGUUAGCUGCCUUGUGCUAUAUUGCUAUUUGGCCAUCCUGAUACUGG